AUGAGAGAAUCAUCAUCGACUUCUUAUGAUGUGUUUUUGAGUUUUAGAGGAGAGGAUACUCGAACCAAUUUCACCAGUCAUCUUGUCAUGGCUUUGCGGCAAAAGUGUGUCAACGUCUUCAUAGACGACAAGCUCGAAAGGGGUGAACAAAUUUCUGAAUCUCUUUUCCAAUCUAUAGAGAGAGCUUUGAUUUCUGUUGUUAUAUUUUCGAAAAAUUAUGCAUCUUCUUCUUGGUGUCUGGAUGAAUUGGUGAAAAUAAUCGAAUGUAAGAAAUCUAAGGACCAGAAAGUUUUGCCAAUUUUUUAUAAUGUGGAUCCAGCGGUUAUACGAAAACAAACAGGACGUUUUGGAGAAGCAUUGGCAAAACAUCAAGCUGAGUUCAAAACGAAAAUCGAAAAUUGGAAGGAGGCUUUAACUACUGCGGCCAACUUAUCUGGUUGGCAUCUCAGACAUAGGUAUGAGAGGAAUGAGGCUGAUUUUAUUCAAGACAUUGUUAAACAAGUGUUGUGUAUGUUAAAACACACUUGCACACCCUCAUAUGCAGGAAGUACAAAGUUACCCUCUCCGUCACAACCAAAAUGCUCUGAUACCAAUUGUUGUACUCCAAUGCCACAACCUAAAUGCUCUGAUACCAAUUGUUGUACCCUAACCCCACAACCAAAAUGUUUUGAUACUAAUUGUUGUACCCCAAUGCCACAACCUAUAUGCUCUGAUACCGAUUGUUGUACCCUAAUGCCACAAACAAAAUGUUCGGAUACCAAUUAAUGUAGCGGAAGCGGAAGUAAGAUUGAUUGUACUCACA